AUGUCUAUUUCUGCAAAACCAACACCGGUGAAGCGUGGUCAUUUUACACCUGCUUCUCAGAGCAGUAAUAAGCGUUCAAAAGUUGUUGAAUCCAGUUCUUUUGAGCAUGAUCUAAGCCAGAUCUCUCAAGAUACAGUUGUCAAGAAUACAGAACAAAUGUGGGAAAGACCAUCAAUACCAGAUGACUUUAAUCCGUCUACACACACAAUAAACUUUCAACAGCUUGACGCUGAAGAAGCGACUUCUCAUGAUGGAAAUUCCCUUGUGAGACUCUUUGGGGUAACAGAAGAUGGUCAUUCUAUUGUUUGCGACAUGACGGGUUUCAGCCACUAUUUCUAUUUUCCUGCGCCAGUCGGCUUUCGUAAACCUGAAAUUUCUAAGUUAAUAGAACACAUCAAAACAAAAGAACUUGGGUCAAUCAAAGACAUUGAAAUAGUUCUUAAAGAGUCUAUUUGGGGAUACAAUGGCAAUGUAAAGUCUCCGUUUUUAAAAAUAUUUUGUUCAGAUACCCGUUCCAUCCAACGUAUUCGUGCCGCAUUUGAACGUGGCGAAAUCAACUUUUCAUCAAAUGGCUCAGUUUUUUUCAACAACCCAGGAACUUCUUAUGAUAAUAUAAACUACGUCCUUCGAGCUAUGAUUGACUGUAAGAUCACUGGUAUGUCUUGGAUCACACUCUCAGCAGGAAAAUAUAAAGAAGUUCCAAAAAAUAAGCGAUUAUCUCGUUGUCAGAUUGAAGUUGAGAUUGAUUACAACGACAUUAUUUCUCAUUCAGCUGAAGGAGACUGGUCAAAGAUGGCUCCUUUGCGUAUCCUUUCAUUUGAUAUUGAAUGUGCUGGUCGCAAAGGUGUUUUUCCUGAGGCAGAAAUAGAUCCUGUUAUUCAAAUUGCAAAUACAGUUAAUACAUAUGGCGAGUCUACUCCAUUUAUCAGAAACGUCUUUACACUUAAUACGUGCGCUCCAAUUGUCAGUACACAGAUAAUUGAAAACGAAACAGAACGGGAACUUCUUAUGAGGUGGAGAGACUUUGUCCGUAAAAGCGAUCCAGAUGUUAUAAUUGGCUACAACACAACAAACUUUGAUUUUCCAUAUCUUCUAGACCGUGCAGAGGCAUUGGGAUUAAAUGAUUUCCCGUAUUUUGGACGUAUGACAAACAUUAAACAACAGGCCAAAAAGACCACAUUUAAUUCGAAAGCAUUUGGAGCCUCCGAGUCUAAAUCAAUCAACAUUGAUGGCAGAAUGCAAUUUGAUAUGCUGCAAUUCAUCAGACGUGAGUUUAAACUCCGUAGCUACACUCUUAAUAGUGUAUCAGCUCAUUUUCUUGGUGAACAAAAAGAAGAUGUUCAUCAUUCAAUUAUUACAGAUUUACAGAACGGCACCAGUGAAACACGCAGACGUCUUGCGGUUUACUGUCUUAAAGAUGCCUUUUUACCGAUGCGUCUAAUGGAAAAACUCAUGUGUUUAGUAAAUUAUACCGAAAUGGCUCGUGUCACUGGAGUUCCGUUUUCUUAUCUUUUGACUCGUGGUCAACAAAUUAAAGUUAUUUCUCAACUUUUUCGCAAGACUCUGGAUCUCGGCUUCGUUAUUCCCAGUUUACGUAGCGAAGGUUCUUCUGACGAACAAUACGAAGGUGCUACUGUUAUCGAACCCAUUCGCGGCUAUUAUGAUGUUCCGAUUGCUACUCUUGAUUUUUCUUCGCUGUAUCCUAGUAUCAUGAUGGCUCACAAUCUUUGUUAUACUACUCUCCUAGACAAAGACACUAUUGAACGGCUGAAUCUUAAAGAGGACGAAGAUUACACCAGAACACCUAAUAAUGAUUGUUUUGUAAAAUCAAAAUUACGGCAUGGCAUUUUGCCCGAUGUUUUAAACGAACUUCUAAGUGCCCGUAAGCGUGCCAAAGCAGAUCUCAAGAAAGAAACCGACCCCUUCAAACGUGCUAUUCUUGAUGGUAGACAGCUUGCCUUGAAGAUUUCUGCUAACUCAGUUUAUGGCUUCACUGGUGCUACUAUUGGCAAACUUCCAUGUCUUGCUAUUUCUUCCUCUGUCACAUCUUUUGGCCGUGUGAUGAUUGAACGGACAAAAAAUGAGGUCGAACAAAAAUACAGAAUAGAGAAUGGGUACUCUCAUAAUGCUACUGUUAUUUAUGGUGAUACUGAUUCUGUGAUGGUUAAAUUUGGGCCAAACGAUCUUGAAACAUGCAUGAAGAUGGGCUUAGAAGCUGCCGACUUUGUCUCCACAAAGUUUAUAAAGCCCAUUAAAUUAGAAUUUGAAAAGGUUUACUUCCCUUAUUUGCUCAUCAAUAAGAAACGUUAUGCUGGAUUGUACUGGACCAAAACUGACAAACCCGAUAAAAUGGAUACCAAGGGUAUUGAAACUGUUCGCCGUGAUAACUGUCGGUUGGUUCAAAAUGUUAUUGAGACAGUCCUUCAAAAAAUUUUACGGGAGCGGGAUGUUGCUGGCGCUGAAGCAUAUGUUAAGAUGGUUAUUUCUAAGCUUAUGCAGAAUCAGGUAGAUUUGUCCCUGCUUGUCAUCACCAAACAAAUUUCUCGUGCUGAUUAUGCUGCUAAGCAGGCUCAUGUUGAGCUCGCCGAGCGCAUGCGCAAGCGCGAUCCGGGUUCUGCUCCUCAACUCGGUGAUCGUGUUCCUUAUGUUAUUAUAAAAGGUGGUGCAAAUGGAAAAAACUAUGAAAAAAGUGAAGACCCAAUUUACGUUCUUGAGCACAAUUUGCCUAUUGAUACCAAGUAUUAUCUCGACAACCAACUUUCUAAUCCAUUAACACGUAUUUUUGAGCCUAUUCUUGGUCAAAAGAAGGCUCACUUGCUACUGACAGGCGAUCAUACUCGUACCAUCAGGGUUGCCGCUCCUACAACAGGUGGCUUAAUGAAGUUUGCGGUGAAAACUGAAGUUUGUAUGCACUGUAAACGACCACUUAAGCGCAAGAAAACUAAAUCCACAAACUCAAUGAUAAAACCUGGUUCUUCCUCGUCAAAGUUCGAUGGCAAGGAAAAUUUUAAUACAUCAGUUUCCAUUUCAACUGCUGAAAAAAAUGAUUCUGUAAUUGACGAAGAAAAAGGUGCAUUAUGCUUAGAUUGCCUAGACUACGCACCCUACUAUUAUCAGUCGACAAUAACCAAACUUAACUCUCUUGAAAGCAAAUUCUCGAAACUUUGGACUGAAUGCCAGCGUUGUCAGGGUGAAAUGCAUCAAGAAGUUAUUUGUUCCAGUAAGGAUUGCCCCAUAUUUUACAUGCGGAAAAAGGCACAAAAAGAUGUAAUUGCUUGUGCCAAAGAGUUAGCACGAUUUGACUAUACUGAAUGGUAG